UUAAACAAGUUUAAACCUUAAACUUAUAGAGUCAAGAUUGAAAAUUACUUAAUUAGUUGAUAAUGAACUCGUAUUAAAUAAAAACAAUGCUCAGUGUUGUGAUAGCCAGUGAUCGGAGAGCGCGCAACGCGGUAUCAUGAAGUUCCUAGUAUGCAUCUUUGUGGUGCUAACUGUACUAGCGGUUAGUGGACGAGCUUCGCCCUUACCAACAAAGUUUGAGAUGGACACAGAGUUACAGCGGCCUCCGCGUACACCGCAGUUCAUAAAGGGACAGAAAGGGACCAGAGUUCCUGACCCCCUGAACCUACGUAAAGGCGAGUAUAUUUGCGGCAACAAGAUAUGCAGCCUGAAGCCGGGAGAGAUACCCCCCAACUGUGGGGGGGUAUGCCAGUAUAAAGUAUUUAAAUAAACCUAGCGUGUA